GGGGCCGGGUGGGAGAGAUCUCUCUGAUAGUGCGUUUGUCCCCGCAACGGAUCUGAACCUAACGCGAUCUCGAAAAGCCCAGGACUCUGCUCCCCUGCGUCAUGGCAGUCCCAGGUUGCAACAAGGACAAUGUCCAGGCAGGCUGCAAGAAGUGUGGCGACCCUGGUCAUCUGACCUUUGAGUGCCGCAAUUUUCUCCGGGUCGACCCCAAAAGGGACAUCGUGUUGGAUGUCAGCAGUACAAGUAGUGAGGACAGCGAUGAAGAAAAUGAGGAGCUGAAUAAACUGCAGGCUCUGCAGGAAAAAAGAAUAAAUGAAGAAGAGGAGGAGAAAAAAGAAAAAAGCAAGGAGAAAAUUAAAUUGAAGAAAAAGAGGAAAAGGUCUUAUUCCAGCUCCACUGAAGAGGACUCUUCAAAACAAAAGAAACAGAAAUAUCAGAAAAAAGAAAAGAAAAAAGAAAAAAAGAACAAAUCAAAAAAAGGAAAACAUCACAAAAAAGAAAAAAAGAAGAGGAAAAAAGAAAAACGUUCUUCCCCUAACCAUUCUGAAUUCACCAAAAAGUAACCGAAUCUUUGGCCUAACUCAGGAAAUUGAAGAAUUCAAUAUUUUUCAUUAUUGUACCUUCCUUGGAAUAGCUAUGUAAUUAUGCUUUGCAGAAAAUCCCAGCCUCUUCCAUAAAGACAGUUUUCACAUGUUGAGACCCUUAUCUCUCUGCCCAUCUGUAUUAAAUCCAUCUUAUUACUUGACAGCCA